UUUCAUCCCCCUUAGCUAUUCUUAAAAUGAUGCAAAAGAUUGUUAUACAGAUGCAGCCCAAGUGUGGAAAAUGCCGAACGAAGGCCAUGAUGGCAGCUGCCAAAGCAUUAGGUGUGAAUUCAGUGGAGCUACAAGGGGAAAACAAGAACCAGAUGGUGGUGAUCGGAGAUGGGGUUGAUGCUGCUGCUUUGACAAGCUCGGUGAGGAAGAAGGUCAAGAAUGCGUCACUUGAAAUGGUUGAAGAGUUGUAGCUUGUUUUAAGAGGAUGAUCAAAAGUCUUAACUGGUUACAAGAAUAUUAAAAGAUUGUGUUAGUUUAAAUAAUGUUUUAUUUAUACAUCUAUUCACAAUGCAAAUAAAAGAAUGUGUUUGUUUAAGUAAUGUUUUAUUUAUACA